AUGAGAGCUGACUCAAUCAAGGUUGAUAACAGUGAUUGGUACCAUGAAAUGAGCGAGCAUGUUGUGCAACAAUUAUUAUCUCCCGCUGGGUACAACAACAGUUUUGCUGCACCGUCCCCUAACUCUGCACUUGUAAACGGUAUUGGAUAUUUCGAUUGCAACAAUGCCCUGGCCAACGCAACUUGUACAACUCAAAACAACAGCUUAACCUUUGAUGUUCCAGUGGGGACCAAGACGCGCUUCAGAUUGAUAGGCGCUGGAUCUCAUGCUCUCUUCCGCUUUUCUGUCGAUGAGCAUACCUUGAACGUCACUGAAGCGGACUCCACGGGGGUUGUAGGACCGACAGCGAUUCAUAGAGUGCCUUUUCACAACGGAGAGAGGUAUAGCGUGAUCAUUGAUACUUCUCAAGAUCAGGUCGGAAGCACGGUUUACCUUAGAGCAGUUAUGGACACCGAUUGUUUGGCCCCCGGUAUCACAGAACGAGCUGGCACGGCGCUGGGGAUUAUCCGCAUUGUUGAUGCAACGACACCUCCCCCCAGUAUUUCGGACGUAGUUAUACCAACAACAAGGGACUGGUCUGAUACUCUAGGGGGGGCUUGCCUGGACCUGGAUGUUUCUACCAUGCACCCGCUUGUGCCGCAGGAUGCAUGUACAAACCUCUUGGGUAGAGUUUACUUCUCGACGAGCUUUGGGACAAUUGCUUCUGUUGAGGGUAAUUCAAGUGUUGUUAGCGGCAGGUUUUUCGUGAAUGACACCACUUGGAUAACUCGGCCUAACCGUCCUUUGCUCAAUGAGCUACUCUCUGGAGGACCCGGAACUAUCAACGCCUCCGACGUUGCAGCUUUUACUUUUGAGCAGCCUGGAUGCUACGAUAUUGUAAUAAACAAUCUGGACGCGGCUAUCGAGCAUUCUUACCACUUGCGUAAGCACACCGGAUGGAUUGUUGCUACCGGUGCUGGUGAGAUAAAUGAAACAACGGUCUCAAGUUUGCAGUACAAUACUACCAAUCCAUUGCGCAAGGAUACUCAAGUCAUAGGGGGAGGGAGUUACCACGUAGUCCGAGUACAAGCCGAUAAUCCAGGAGUUUGGAUCCUCCACUGCCACCUCGGUUGGCACUUAGCGGCCGGCUUUGCGGGUAUGUUUGUCAUGCAGCCUUCAAUACUGAGGCAGCAGUCUGCUCCAGAGGGAAACCAGAGGUUAUGUCGCGCCAUUUCACCUCAAGAUCUCGACAUCAUUGAGCCAGGAAAAAGAAGGCGAGGGCUGUCAACCUACGCUUACAGUAACGUGUUUUAG